CUGAGCGGUAUAAGUUAGGGAAACCAGACACAUUUCACUACCUAAAUCAAUCGAAUUGCUAUGCAUUGGAUGCACUUGAUGAUUCCAAGGAAUACCUAGCAACAAGGAAAGCUAUGGACGUUGUUGGGAUUAGUCCUGAAGAACAGGAUGCAAUCUUCCGCAUAGUUGCUGCCAUUCUUCAUCUAGGAAACAUAGAGUUUGCUAAGGGUGAAGAGUCAGAUGCUGCACAACCUAAGGACGAUAAAUCCCGGUUCCAUCUAAAAGUGGCUGCAGAACUUUUCAUGUGUGAUGAGAAAGCUCUAGAGAGCUCCUUAUGCCAAAGGGUGAUGGUGACUCGUGGUGAAAGCAUUACAAAGCCUCUUGAUCCCGGUAGUGCAGCACUAAGCAGAGAUGCUCUUGCCAAGAUUGUCUAUUCUAAAUUGUUUGAUUGGCUUGUGACUAAGAUCAAUAACUCCAUUGGCCAAGACCCAAGUUCUAAAUACAUAAUUGGAGUCCUGGAUAUUUAUGGAUUCGAGAGUUUCAAGACAAACAGUUUUGAACAGUUUUGUAUAAACCUGACAAACGAGAAGCUGCAGCAGCAUUUUAACCAGCAUGUGUUCAAGAUGGAGCAAGAAGAAUAUACUAAAGAAGAGAUUGACUGGAGUUACAUAGAGUUCAUUGAUAAUCAGGAUGUCCUUGAUCUUAUAGAGAAGAAACCUGGUGGCAUUAUUGCCCUUCUUGAUGAGGCUUGUAUGUUUCCAAGAUCAACACAUGAUACACUUGCGCAAAAGCUAUACCAGACAUUUAAUAGCCACAAGCGUUUUACCAAGCCAAAAUUGGCUCGUACUGACUUUACCAUUUGCCAUUAUGCUGGUGAUGUCACCUAUCAGACUGAGCUGUUUUUGGACAAGAACAAAGAUUAUGUUGUUGGAGAACAUCAAUCUCUCAUGAACUCUUCAGAUUGUUCCUUUGUCUCAUCGUUGUUCCCAAAACCGCGAGAGGAAUCCUCCAAAACAUCAAAGUUCUCAUCGAUAGGCUCUCAGUUCAAGCAACAACUACAAUCUCUGCUUGAGACGUUGAACACCACUGAGCCACACUAUAUACGUUGUGUUAAACCAAACAACGUUCUUAAGCCAGACAUUUUUGAGAACGCUAAUGUUCUACAUCAACUUAGGUGUGGGGGUGUCAUGGAAGCCAUUAGGAUUAGUUGUGCUGGAUAUCCUACUAGGAAGCCUUUCAAUGAAUUUUUAACCAGGUUCCGGAUUUUGGCUCCAGAGGCUACGGCUAGAAGCUUUGACGAAGUCGACGCUUGCAAAAAGCUACUAGCAAAAGUUGAACUUAAAGGUUUUCAGAUAGGGAAGACAAAGGUGUUUCUUAGGGCAGGUCAGAUGGCAGAAAUGGAUGCUCACCGAGCUGAAGUUCUUGGCUAUUCAGCAAGGAUUAUACAGAGGAAAGUCCGUACGUAUCAAUCUCGCAAAAAAUAUAUUCUGUUGCAGUCCGCUUCAACUGAAAUCCAAGCCUUUUGUAGAGGACGUAUUGCACGCGUUCAGUUUGAGGCCAAGAGAAAAGAAGCUGCUUCUGUGAAAAUUCAGAAGCAGGCGCGGACAUAUAUCUGUCAGACAGCCUUUAAAAAGUUGUGUGUUUCAGCUAUUUCUAUUCAGACUGGGUUGCGUGCAAUGGAUGCUCGAGUUGAAUAUCGAUACAGGAAGAAGAGACAAGCGGCAAUCAUUAUUCAAAGUCAAAUCAGAAAAUGUUUGUGUCGACGGCGGUAUUUGAGAACGAAGAAAGCAGCUAUUACCACUCAAUGUGGCUGGAGAGUGAAAGUUGCACGCCGAGAAUUGCGGAAGCUUAAAAUGGCUGCAAAGGAAACAGGAGCCCUUCAAGACGCUAAAACUAAGCUUGAAAAGGAAGUGGAAGAACUCACUUUAUGCUUAGAGCUCGAGAAACAAAUGAGGAUGGAGCUUAACGAAACCAAAACUCAAGAAGUCGAAGAGUUGCGGUUAGCUUUAAAUGACAUGGAAAUUGAGCUCGGGGAAACUCAAGAAACCAAAAGUGAGGAGAUUUUGAAGUUGGAGUCUGCCUUACAAGACAUGCAACUCGAAUUUGAAGAACUUGCUAAGGAGUUGGAGAUGACGAAUGAUCUUGCUGCAGAAAAUGAACAGCUCAAGGAUUUGGUGAGCUCGUUGCAAAGGAAAAUUGAUAUAUCCGGGACCAAUCAUGAAGAAACAAGUAAGCUAAGUGAAGAGAGGGUGAAACAGGAGGUUCCCGUCAUUGACCAAGGUGUAAUCAUCAAACUCGAAGCUGAAAAUCAAAAAUUGAAGGAACUGGUCAGUACACUGGAGAAGAAGAUCAAUGCAUUAGACAGAAAGGACGACGUAACAAGCUCAAAUAUCUCAGAUCAGUUGAAAGAGAGUGCUUCAUCUGAUUAUGAGAUGUUGAGUAAUCUUGCAGCAGAAAAUGAACGUCUCAAGGCACUUGUGAGUUCAUUAGAGAAUGGAACUAAUGAAAACGAUGGGAAUGAUUCAUCAAACGAGCAAAAGGAAGAGACACACAUGCUGAAAGAAGAGAGAUUGGCAGAAGAUGUUUCGGUUGAUAACGAAAUGACCAACAAGCUGGCUGCUGAAAACAAAGACUUCUCUGAUAUGGUAAAUUUGUUGGAAAAGAAAAUAAACGAAACAGAGAAGAAGUACGAGGAAGCAAAUAGACUUUGUGAAGAAAGGCUUAAGCAGGUUGUAGACGCAGAGACAAAACUAAUCGAGUUAAAAACAACUAUGCAAAGGCUCGAGGAAAAGGUCUCUGACAUGGAAGCAGAAGAUAAAAUUCUUCGGAAGCAAGCAUUGUUUAAUUCAGCUUCUCAGAAAACGUCACCCCAGGUGUCAUUUUCCAGACCGCCACCAGUGGAGAACGGACAUCAUGCAUCACUUGCUCCUAUACCAUCAAGAAGGUUUGGGGCAAUGUCUUUCAGACGAUCUCAGCCUGAACAACAACCUCACGAAUAUGUUGACGUCCUUCUCAAAUGUGUAUCACAAAAUGUCGGUUUCAGCCAUGGAAAGCCCGUUGCAGCAUUAACAAUAUACAAAUGUCUCAUACACUGGAAACUAUUCGAAGCAGAGAAAACUAGUGCCUUUGACCGUAUUGUUCCUAUUUUUGGUUCAGCUAUAGAGAACCCAGAAGAUGAUAACAAUCUGGCUUAUUGGCUAACAAACACAUCUACGCUGCUGUUUUUGCUUCAAAGAAGCUUGAAAUCCCAUAGUACAACCGGUGCAAGUCCGAAGAAACCUCCUCAGCCAACUUCAUUUUUUGGGAGGAUGACACAGGGUUUCCGUUCAACCUCUUCGGCCAGCCUUUCAGGUGACGUAGUGCAACAAGUAGAUGCUCGAUAUCCUGCUUUACUUUUCAAGCAGCAGCUUACAGCCUACAUUGAAACUAUAUAUGGAAUAUUUCAAGAGAAUGUGAAGAGAGAACUAGCAGCCGUGCUUUCGUCCUGUAUUCAGGGACUGAAAGAUUUAUCACAUGAGUCCUCUGCAGAGACUUUAUCUGCUGAAUCAUCUGAACAGAACUCACCAGAAAAGCCAUCUGAAGAGAAUCCACUGGAAAAGCUGUCUGAAGAUAAUUCACCAGCAGAGCCAUCUGAAGAUAAGUCACCAGAAAAACCAUCUGAAGAGAACUCACAGGCAAAGCUACCCGAAGAUAAUCCACAAGAAAAGCUAUCCGAAGAGAAUCCACAGGCAAGUCCAUCCGCAGAGAACCCACAGGCAAGUCCAUCCGCAGAGAAUUCAACGGCAAAGCCAUCUGAAGAGAAUUCACCCACGAAAACUUGGCAAGACGUCAUAGAUCUUUUAAAUCGGCUUCUUGGCACAUUGAAGAAAAAUUACGUUCCUCUGUUUCUUGCUCAGAAGAUUUUCAGCCAAACAUUCCAAGAAAUCAACGUUCAACUCUUUAAUAGCCUUAUGGAACGUGAAUGCUGCACAUUCAUCAUGGGCAAGAAAGUGAAUGCCUGGUUAAAUGAACUCGAGUCAUGGUGUAGUCAGGCAACUGAAGAGUAUAUAGGAUCUUCAUGGGAUGAACUCAAACACACGAGACAAGCCGUGGUGCUCCUGGUUACAGAACAGAAGUCCACAAUUACAUAUGAUGAUCUUACAACUAACCUCUGCCCAGCUCUUAGUACUCAGCAAUUGUAUAGAAUAUCUACCCUCUGCAAAAUUGAUGAUCACGAGUAUCAGAAUGUAACUCCAGACGUGAUUUCCAAGUUGAAACUUCUAAUUACAGAUGAAGACGAAGAAAGUCGUUCGUUCUUGUUAGACAAUAAUUCCAGCAUCCCCUUUGAAGCCGAUGAAAUCUCCAACUGUAUGCAAGAAAAAGAUUUUGCCAAUGUAAAACCAGCUGUGGAACUCACUGAUAACCCUAACUUCCACUUUCUGAAGGACUGAGACUUAUUUGAUUCUGACUAGAUAUGUUGCAAUGAAAUUGUAUAGUAAUCCUUUGCAUAGUUUUACGGGUGUAUAAUCUUUGAUCGAUCUGUUUCGUCGUCUAGGCAGGCUUUAAGAGGGAAUUUCGAGCUCAAGUGUAGGGCUCGUUCUCUUCUUUUAAUUUGAUUCUUCUACACGUUCAUUGUGUUCAGGGUGGUGGUUAGGUUAUAGCCAAAGGCAAAAUAAUUUACUCAUCAUAGGGCAAGAAACUUUUCUCUGUAUAACAAACAUUAGAAAUCAGUUUUUGUAUCCUUAGUUUUUGAGAGAUUUGGCGACACCUUUAGUCCCAUAAUGGGUCAG